AUGCUCGCGGUAUUUGAGAAAAUUACAAGAGCUGUGGUCCAACACAUGGACGCUGGUGGGGAUAUGAUUGCUGUCAGAGGCCUCAUUGAUGCUGACAGAUUCCACUGCUUCUAUCUGGUGAAGGAGAGGAGACGUUUCUUCGGAUACCAAUAUGAUAAGAGAGACCUCACCCUGUAGGACAUCCUGGAGAUGGACAAGGGUGAAGGGCUGUUUGAUAAGCUGGCUCCUGGGCUCCAAGGUCAAGAGGUUAAGUCCCAAGUUAUGGACAGCGCAGACUCAAAGGGAAGUUUGACAGUGAAAUUACCCAAAGAAAAAACACUUGAAGUGGGAAUAACAUUCUCCAGGUUCCCGGAGCAGGGCAUCGAGUUAUCAAAGACCCGGAUACUCCAGAAAUUCCUGGAUUCUCUUAAGAACAAAAAGCUGAAGAGGAAACUGCCCCCUACGUUCCAAUCAAUCCAGGCGAUGAGAGAAGACCUUUAUCUAGUGACAGAAACUCUGAAGACCACAAAGACUGUAAUCCUGAAAAGUGAAAAGCAGUAUAUUUUGGGGGACCCGAUGAAAUGUUUUGGUCUCCAAUAUGAACACAAGCACCAAACGGAAGUGACCAUCACCCCUGAGAAGGUCCUGGGCUAUCGAGUAAAGCAGCUCGUCUUCGCCAACGCAGAGAGUAUGGUAAUAUUCCAUUGUAUAUACCCUGCUGGCGUCUUGAUAGAGGAGCACACAGAAGCCAUUUCGGAUUUCCUGGAUGACUUGAUGGAGCUGUCUGAGGAGGGGCAGCUUGUUGCUGGCCUAGAUAAGGGGACCCUGCCCCUUUUGAAGGACAAGGUAGAGCAUAUCCUGGAGCAGAACUGGGGUGAGCAGCCCCAUGAUGUGGGCUAUGACCCUGAGGCACGGACUCUCUGUGCCUUCUGCGUUGUUGUCUCCAUCCUGCUGCAGAUGGGUGAGAAGCCUACCUCUCUGUUUUCCUAA